AUGGCAACCUGUUCCCGGACAUCCUCUCAAGCCCAAUCCCCUUUUGAUCCAAGAGACCUGGGAUCCCGACUUCUGACAACCACCCCUAUCGAACUUGGGGAAGUCUCCCUCGAGCGGGUUACCCACCUCCUCCUUGGCCUCCUCAGCCAAGUCGAGAACCUCGAGCGGAAGCUUGAAGAAGUCAAGGAAACGGGGAUCGAAACCCAAACCAACGUUGAAAACAUUUCCCAAACCGUCGAUGUUCCCCCGGUUGUGGAAGCAACACCACGACCCCUACAAAAAAUCGAGCCUAUUGGAUUGGUUAGUGGGCCCUCCUUCUGGCCCAAGCAACCAAAGGGGCUUCCCAGCUUUGCCCAACCAGCCCCCCAGAGGGCCAUACCUCCGCGAGUCCCUUCUCCCCUUCCAUCUCCGCGUCUCCGAUCCCCCAUCGGAGCAUCUGCCCCUCCACCUCUGGCUCCAGUCGCCGCCUAUCCCGCUCCGGUCAAGGUUGACCACCCCGACGCCUACACAGGCAAAAUAGGGAGCGAGGCAAAGCAAUGGCUGACCCGGAUGUUGGCCUGGACCCGUCUCAAUGCACGGAUGUUCCCCACCAAUCAGGAGGUAUUAUCCUUCCUCCUGAUGAAUAUGAAGGACUCCGCCGGGGCCUGGGCCCACCCCCACCUUGACCAGCUCGGCUCACACCGGGCCAUAAUUCAAACGGUCAAAGGAUUCAAGGUGGAAUUCCUGGCAGCAUUUGGCGACCCUGAUGCCACAAGGGCCGCCGAGCAGAAGAUAACCUCCCUCACCCAAUCCGGCACAUGCGCGGAUUAUAUUACGAAGUUCAGGACCUUAGCAAUGGAACUGGACUGGAACAACGUGGCCCUCCAAGGCCAGUUUGCCCGCGGCCUCCACUGGGAGGUUAGUUGCCAGAUUGCCACCCGCAAGCACCGACCCCGUACCCUCCUCGAGCUGCAAAACGCAGCACUCGUCAUUGACAACGCUCUCCGCGAAGAGCGCGCUAGCCACCCGCCAAAGGAUAAUAAGUCUAGCAGACCAUCCAACCCCGCAAGGGGGACGAGUACCGGCCAGUCCACGACCGGUUCAAAGAAACUCUCCGACGACCCAAAUUUUGUGUUGGAAGAAGAACGCAAUCGCCGCCGCGCCGCUGGCGCCUGUAUCAAAUGCGGCAAAAUGGGUCACAAGUUCGCGGAAUGCCGCACGGGCUGGAAGGCUACCCCUAUUGAGGACAAGGGGAAAGCCAAGGAAACCGCCAAAGUUGGCGAAGACUCCAAGUACCAAUCGGGAAAAGACCACAAUAGAAUCUCCCCCCUAUUUACAAUUUCUAUCAAACCAGAGAAACAAGCGGAUUACUUAGAAGUCCUGAUUGAUUCAGGCACCACUUCAUCCUUCAUGCACCCCCGUACCGCGGAAUCACUCCGCCUCCCGCUCAUAGACCUCCCUUCACCCCGUACUGUUACCAUGCUCGAUGGGUCGAGCCCCCAGGCUGGCAAAAUCUGGAAAAAGGCUAACCUAACCUUUUCCUUUGAUGGCAAACGUAUAACGGAGUCCUUCCUCAUUUGCAACACAGGAUCUCACGCCGCCAUCUUAGGGUUGAAAUGGUUGGACGCCCACAAUCCAGAGAUUGAUUGGAACCAACGGACCCUAUCCUUCCCCCAUGCGCCUCCAGAGCAUGUAGCCAUUGCUGAGGAAGAAGAAGCUGACCAGAACCCCCUUGAAGGAGUACCCUCCAAGUACCACCAAUACGCCAAGGUAUUUGGGGAGGAAGAAUUCAACAAGCUCCCGCCCCAUUGGCAUUACGACAUUGGGAUCGAGCUGACGGAAGAAGGCCCCUUGAACUCCCCAUUAUACAGCAUGACUGACGCCGAAUCCGCCACGCUCAAAGACUGGCUCAGGGAUGAGCUCAAAGCUGGGAAGAUCCAACCCAGCAAAUCCUCAAUCAGUUCCCCCGUCAUGUUUGUCCCUAAGAAGGAUGGAUCCCGCCGAUUGGUCGUUGAUUACCGCCGCCUCAACAACCGGACAAAAAAGAACGUUUAUCCACUUCCCCGCCCCAAUGACCUGAUGGCCCAGCUCCGUGGUGCCAAGGUUUUCACUAAAUUGGACUUGCGAUGGGGAUACAACAAUGUCCGUGUUAAGGAAGGGGACGAAUGGAAAACCGCCUUCCGCACCAAGUACGGCCUAUACAAAUCCCUGGUUAUGACCUUUGGCCUGACAAACGCCCCCGCUGCCUUCCAACACUUCAUGAACAAAUUGUUCAAAGACCUACUAGACGUUUGCGUCAUCAUUUACCUUGAUGACAUCCUGAUCUACUCAAAGGAUGACGCAACUCAUACGCAACACGUCCAUGAAGUCCUGCAGCGGCUACUAGAUAAUCAACUGUUCUGUAAGGCAUCAAAGUGCACAUUCCACGUCACUUCUGUGGAGUACCUGGGAAUCAUUGUCUUGGAUAAGGGUUUUAGUCUGGAUAAGCUCAAGAUCCAGGCAGUACAGGAAUGGCCAGUACCCGCCAAGGUCAAAGAAGUUCAGUCAUUCCUGGGGUUUGCCAACUUCCUCCGUCAAUUCGUUGCCAACUUUAGCCACAUGGCCCAGCCACUGCACAACCUGGUCAAGAAAGACACGCCAUGGAAAUGGGGCACUAAGGAACAGGAAGCCUUCCAAGGACUAAAGGAUGCCAUCACCAACGCCCCGGUCCUUUGCCAUGCAGACCCGUCCAAACUGUACUUCCUGGAAACGGAUGCUUCCGGCGCAGCACUAGGAUCCAUAUUGAGCCAACGACAGGAAGACGGUCGCCUACACCCCCUAGGAUUCCUGUCAGAAUCAUUCAAAGGGGCGGAACAGAACUACAACACGCACGACAAGGAAUUAUUGGCAAUCAUCCGUUCCUUUGAAUACUGGCGUAUUUUCCUGGAAGGAACUCUGCACCCUGUCACUGUGUUCACGGAUCACCGUAACCUAGAGUAUUGGAAGGAAUCCCGUACAUUCAACCGACGGCACGCCAGAUGGCACCUGUUGCUAGCCGGAUACAACUUCCAAAUUGUUUAUCGCCCCGGGAAACAAUCAGGGAAGCCAGAUGCGCUCUCACAACGAUUGGAUCAUGCCGAUAUCCCACCUGCCAGUCAAACUAUGCUCCCCGACCCUGUCUUUGCCAACAUCGCACUAGUAACCCCUGAGAAGGAACUCCAGCGCCAAAUCGAGGUCAGCCUAGACCAAGAUGAAUCCCUGGAGGAAAUAUUACAAUUCCUCCAAAAUGAGUCUAAGGCACCCCCGUCCAUCAAAAAGGCAUUCAAGGAUUACGAGAUGGAGGCCGGUCUGCUAUUUUACCAAGGGCGCAUUGUGGUCCCAGAUGUUGGUACCCUGAGAACAGAUUUGCUUUGCAUCUUCCACGAUAGCCCAUUAGCUGGACACCCGGGUAGGCAACAAACUCUGGAACUAGUAUUGCGUAACUACUAUUGGCCGGGCAUCCGCGCAGACACGUAUUGGCACGUGGAUUCAUGUGAAACUUGUCAACGGAUCAGGAAACCUAAAUACGCCUUGAUCCCUCCGCAACCGCUCAAACUCCCAUCUAGACCAUGGCAACACCUUUCCUAUGAUAUGAUUGUAGACUUACCAAAGGAUGGGAACCACGACUCCAUCCUGGUCAUAGUAGAUAGCUUCACCAAGUACGGGAUCUUUGUCAAAUGCUCCAAAAAACUGAAAGCGCCCGAGCUAGCGGAGUUAUUCCUGGAACACGUAUGGAAACGCCAUGGAAUGCCAGAAAAGACAGUAUCGGAUAGAGGAAGGGUCUUUAAUAACAAAUUCCUACGGGCUCUUUACAAACGCCUGGGGAUUGACCCGCACUUCUCAUUGGCUUACCACCCUCAGAGCAACGGCCAAACGGAGCGGGUGAACCCUUCCAUUGAACAUUUCCUUAGAGCAUACUCAGGGGUGAACCAAAGGGACUGGACCAAAUGGCUUCCCAUGGCGGAGUUCGCCUACAACAACGCCGUACAUAGCAGCACGGGCAAAACUCCCUUCAAGGCCUUAUAUGGUUGGGAACCCACCCUAACGCCUUCCAACGUACCAACGGACGUCCCAGAAGCAGACAAUCUGGCCCAGACUAUGGAAGCACAGUGGAGCGAGGUAGAGUCUGCUCUCCGGCAAUCUAAGCAACGAAUGACAGCCGGGGAAGACGGGAAUCCAACGGAGUUUGAAAUUGGAGAAGAAGUAUGGCUUGACGCCAGAAAUGUCAAUCUGAAGACCCUAAGCUCAAAACUAACGGAACAACGCUUAGGGCCAUUCAAAGUCACCGAAAAAAUCUCUGAUCGCGCGUACAGACUUGAACUCCCACCAACCAUGCGCAUUCAUAACGUAUUUUACGUGGGUCUACUAUCAAAAGUUAAAAGGGACAAGACGCGCGCCUUUGAAAAUCGCCCACCGCCGGUCACCGUGGACGGAGAGGAGGAAUACAAAGUGGAAGGGAUAACCAAUGCAGAAGAACGCAACGGGAAAUGGUUUUUCCGGGUAAAAUGGAAGGGUUAUGGCUCCGAGGAGAACACAUGGGAACCUCAAGAGAACUUGAAAAAUGCGGGGAAAAUUUUGAAAAAAUACAAGGAAGACAUGAGAAAGAAGGCCCUCGGCGCUGCCAAGGCCCUUAAGGGGGGGCAGUGUCGUAGACACAGUUGA